AUGCGGCUCUUAAUUCGCUUGUUAAACGGCACAAAAAGUAAACUUAGGUUAACCCACCCGAAGUUGUUAUGGUUGGAGCACAGAGGAGGAUUCUCAGCUGGCCACCACCGGAGGAAGCGACUGUCAGCCGGGGUGAAGACCUCCGUCUGUCCGCCUCCCCAUACGUUCUAUCUCCGUCCAGCCAGGCCCGUCCUGUCGGUCCUGUCCAGCUAUCAACUGGCAGGUUCUUCUGUCCUCUUUGCACACACACUGACAGCACGGACAGUCCUACACACACCUGUUGCCUUCUCUAGCUCUUCGGCGGCCUCCACUCCAGCACCAUCCGGGUCAGAGACCCAGGCGAACGCAGACCGAGCGCAGACACCCACCUCGGUCCCUCUGGAGGAUGUUAAAAGGAUCCUGGGUCUGGCUCAUCCCGAGAGAUGGAGACUAGCAGCUGCCAUCGGGUUCCUUACUGUCUCCAGCACAGUAACCAUGUCAGCUCCCUUCUUUCUGGGCAGAGUCAUAGACACGAUUUACACCUCUGCUUCAGACACAGAAACCAUGACGGCCUCUUUAACGUCUCUUUGCAUCAUGCUGGCGGGAGCUUUUCUCUGCGGAGGAGCAGCAAAUGCUGCUCGAGUCUACAUCAUGCAGGCGUCAGGCCAACAAAUUGUUCGUAAUCUCCGUACCUCCCUCUUCUCCUCCAUCCUUAGACAGGAAGUGGCAUUCUUUGACAGGAACAGGACCGGUGAACUCAUCAACCGGCUCUCAGCGGACACCGCUGUGGUGGGCCGCUCCAUCACGGACAACCUAUCAGACGGCCUGAGGGCCGUUGCUCAGGCAGCUGCUGGUGUCAGCAUGAUGUUCUACGUUUCUCCCAGUCUUGCGAGCUUUGUUCUGCUGAUCGUCCCUCCUAUGGCUGCUCUUGCUGUCGUUUACGGCAGAUACCUUCGCGCCGUCUCCAAACGCACGCAGGACGCUCUUGCACAAGCAACACAGUUGGCGGAGGAGAGGAUCAGCAACAUACGAACGGUCCGGGCUUUUGGUAAAGAGUUGUCCGAAGUCGACUCGUACACACGGAAGGCGGAUCGGGUUCUCAGUCUGGCUAAACAGGAGGCCGUAAUGCGAGCAGGUUUCUUUGGAGUGACUGGGCUGAGUGGGAACCUCAUGAUCCUGUCGGUGCUCUACAAAGGAGGCCUCCUGAUGGCCAGCCAGCACAUGACUGUAGGAGAGCUCUCAUCCUUCCUCAUGUACACCUUCUGGGUGGGCAUCAGCAUCGCAGGCCUGAGUUCAUUCUACUCUGAGCUGAUGAAAGGUUUUGGUGCUGGAGCCAGACUCUGGGAGCUGCUGGACAGAAAGCCAGAGUUUCCUCUAAAUGAGGGCCAUGUCCUCCAUCCAGAUCAGCUGAAAGGCCAGCUGCAGUUCUGUGACGUCUCCUUCUCCUACCCGGCUCGUAAGGAAGCUGCUAUUUUCCAGGAGCUUAAUCUUUCGGUUCCGGCUGGUUCCAUCAUGGCGGUGGUGGGGCCCAGUGGGUCGGGAAAGUCCUCCAUCGUCUCACUUUUACUCAGGCUGUAUGAUCCUGAUGCUGGUUUUAUCACUAUUGAUGGUCAUGACAUCAGAGAUUUAAACCCAUAUUGGCUGAGGAGUCACAUUGGAACCGUCAGCCAGGAACCGGUGCUAUUUUCCUGCUCCAUCAGAGAAAACAUUGCAUAUGGUGCUCUUGACCCCGAUGCCGUGACUUCAGAGGACGUCUACAGAGCCGCCAGAGUGGCCAACGCCUUUGAUUUCAUCCAGGCGUUCCCUAAAGGCUUCGACACAGUGGUGGGAGAGAAAGGAGUGCUACUGUCAGGUGGUCAGAAGCAGAGGAUAGCCAUAGCCAGAGCUCUGCUAAAGAAUCCAAAGAUCCUACUCUUGGAUGAGGCCACCAGCGCGCUGGAUGCGGAGAAUGAGUUCCUGGUCCAGGAGGCGUUGGAGCGUCUGAUGGAAGGGAGGACGGUCAUGAUCAUCGCCCACCGUCUGUCCACCAUUAAGAACGCUGAUGCCGUCGCUGUUCUGGAUCAGCGGCGUGUAGCCGAGUGCGGCCCACCCACAGAGCUGCUGGGAAACCGGCAAGGACAGUUCAGGAGGCUGAUGGAGAAGCAGGCGUUUCUGCAGGAGGAGCAGCAGCGAGCUCUUCUCUGAGGAAAACUCUCAGAGAGAAGAAAGACUUUAAAUUCCUUUUCUGCCUCAUUGCUGAGAAGAUUUAAAAGCUAAAACGGGGUAUAGGUCCAUCUUAGAAACUGUUUAGAAUAAAAUGUUUACAGGAAGAGGAAGCCAGACACACUGGAAUAGCGGAGUUUGAAUCUAUAACUGCUUUAUUGUAGCAAAAAAGUUCCUCUUGCAUAUUUUUGUUCUUCUGAACUCUUACCUGUAACCACCUCAUACAUCCAAAAUUAGCUUGAAAAUUAUUUAUAUAUUUAAAUGUGUCUUUGUUUUUAUUUGAACUUGAAUGUCAGAUCAUGCUACAAACUAAAAUGCACAUUUGUGGAAGAACUCAGACCUGUGCAUCAAAAUAAGGUUUAAAGUUAUUUCUGUUAAUGUUCUUAAGAAUCAGCAAGUUUUGUUUAUUUUAGUUUCAUUCUUUGUUGUUUUUCCCUUUUAGACUUUUAACCGGCGUCACCUUAACAACUCAAACUGAACCAGUACAGGUCAGAGAGACCUGCUGCUGGUGUGUACAGGAUUCCCACUUCACAACCUUAAAUUCUUAAUAAACAACUAAAAAUAAAAUCUGUUCUGGAGACUCAAGGCUGCACGUUGAUCCAGUUGAAUCUUACGACUGGUGAGGAGUGCGGAGUCACAAGUACUCGCUCUUUCCAGUAAAUAUUUAGAACACAGACUCGAUUUAAUUCCUCAUUUUAAACAGCUUCUUCUGCUGUAGAGGUUGGUAUCAGUAACUAGAAACCCCAGACUGCAAGUGUUUGAAGGUUAAAAAGAGAAUCAAUCCAACACUGAAUUGUAUUUAGUGCAUUUUUUAUUUCAGUUGUUUUGUAUUUAUUCAUUUAAGAAUUGGAACUCGGUCCUUUGAGGUUUUGAAUCAACAAGACGGCUCGUUUCUCACCAAUUUAUUCCUCUUUUUACUUCAAAGUGAAUAUUUUCCUAAAUCAGAUUAGAUUUUUAUAUAUUUCUUAUAUAUAACUACAUUUAUGAAUCUAUUGUUCUCUUCAGUGGUGCAUUUUGAUUGUUUUAUUUCUGCCUAUAGAUUAAUGUCACUCAAAGUAAAAUUAACGUGAAAAUAGAUGUUGUCUAGUAAAGUAAAGAUUCUCCUGUUUGUCAGUUUAUAAUACAUUUUCGUGCCAAGCUGUAUAAAUGACUCACAUUUUCGUUUUCUGUACAUGAAGAUGAAUAAAGUAUUUUAUUCGUGGGAAA